AUGUUGUAUUGGACUCUACUGCUAAUAAACUACAAAUUCAGCAUUCUGACUAAAGACAGAGACCAGUUACAGUCCAGUUACAAUAACCUGAAUAAAGACAGAGACCAGUUACAGUCCAGUUACAAUAACCUGACUAAAGACAGAGACCAGUUACAGACCAGUUACAAUAACCUGACUAAAGACAGAGACCAGUUACGGGAAGAUAGAGACAGAUACCUGAGAACAUUUUGUAGUAAACAGAAGUGUUUCAGUUUUAGUUCCAGUUUUUAUAUCAUGUCUAAUGAGAUGAAGAGCUGGAAGGAGAGCAGAAAAGACUGCAAGGCCAAAGGAGCAGACCUGGUGAUCAUAAACAGCAAAGAGGAACAGGAGUUCAUCAUUAAACAGCUGGACAACCUUGAGACUUGGAUUGGUCUGAGUGACACAGUAAAAGAGGGAGAGUGGAAAUGGGUGGACGAUACACCACUGAACACUGGUUUCAGGUCCUGGGCUGGAGGGAAACCGAAUAAUGCAGGUGAAGAGGACUGUGCUGUGAUUUCCGGUUCAAGUUCAACUGGCACUUGGAAUGACCAGAAAUGUUCUGCUAAGUUUCCCUGGAUCUGUGAGAAACAUGUUUCUCAAUGA